AUGGCGGAUCACUCUGUGUUCCGCAUUACCAAGGAGUUGAGCGAUCUCCAGAAGAACUCGGAUCUCUCGCUCGCCGUUGCCUGCCGAGACAUUGAUGUCCGGAACGUGAAGGCACUAAUCAUCGGCCCUCACGAGACCCCAUAUGAGUUCGGAUUUUUCGAGUUCGCCUUCAAGUUCAACAAAGAAUACCCACGCAAGUCGCCGCAGGUGAAUGCUAUCACAACCAACGGCGGCCGGUGUCGGUUCAACCCCAACAUCUAUGCCAAUGGCAGGGUGUGCCUUUCGAUUCUUGGAACAUGGCGCGGGGAGCGGGGCGAAGAGUGGUCGGCCGCGCAAGGCCUGGAGUCCAUCCUUCUCUCGAUUCAGAGCCUGAUGUCAACAAACCCCUACGAGAACGAGCCUGGUUUCGAGGAUGCCAACGAGGCGUCUGAUAAGAAGAACCAGAAGGACUAUGUGCAGAAGAUCCGCCACGAAACUCUCAGGAUCUCCGUGAUUCAACGCUUGGAGGAGUACCUCAAAAUCGGCGCCGACGGGGCCGUACCCCCACCAGAGCCUCCAAAAGAGAGUUACGACCUUGACAUAGAUACCGUUGAGGACGAGUCGAAUAUCCCGUUCGAGCCGUUCAAGGACCUGUGCAAGCGAAGAUUCCUAUGGUACUUCGACUCGUACCUCGCCGCAGUGCAGAAAGGAAAGGAGGAAACCAAGGAGGGCCAGGCUUUUGUUCGCAUGCCUUUCGAGGGCUCGAGCAACACGAUGGAGGGCAAAUUCAACUACAGCGAACUCGAGCGCCGACUUCAUACGAUCAAGCAGGCCUUGGAUUCGGAGUCGAGCGCGUGGGCUGCGGAGGGCCUCUUAGCGAAGGCGAAGGAGUCCACUGUUGCGGUCAACCUCCAGCGCCAGUUUGAGCAGAUCGUCGAGUCCUUCAAGCGCUCCGGCGCUGCCCACAAUCUGGAGCUAGAGGAUAACAACCCGUUCACGUGGGUGCUCACCUAUUUCGGAAAGCCCAUGACGAACCUGGACGGCGGCCUGUUCCGAGCCAAGCUAUUCUUCAGCCCGCGCUUCCCCGAGGAACAGCCACGGAUCAAGUUUGAGACACGCCUAUUCCACCAUCGCAUCGCCGUCGACGGCACACCAUGCUACGUAGCUCCAGCCAGCCGCCGUGAGGAUGUCAAGACACAUAUCGAGGCCAUCAUCGAUGCCCUAGAAGAGGACCACCCGCCCUACGACCCCCGCACAUUGGUGCACCCCGAGGCAUUCAAACUAUACUGGGGCUCUUCGGAAGACCGGCGGUCAUACAAUCGACGUCUGCGCAGGUCGGUUCAGCAGUCGAUGGAGUAA